ACCGCCAUCGACGACACCCGCCAUGUCGUCACUGACGAACGAGGACUUUGACAAACUUCGACGGGCUUAUUCGGUUGUUUUGGACCAGAUUUCUCAUAAACUGGAUCAACUUCAGCAGGAUAAGCUUCGUUUCUACUGUUCUGGACUAAUACCGACGGAAGAUAGAGGCUCUUUAAACAUUUUGCGUUCAUUAGAACAUUCGGAUAAAAUUUCCUGGGCCAAUGUUAAUUUCUUGAAAGAGGCUUUAAGAGCAAUUGGAAGAUGUGAUCUCGCCAAACUGCUAGAGACGUUCGAAGUUAGACGCGAUCUAACGCUUCUUCUGGAUUUCUAUGCCAGAGAGAGACUUGAAGAGGAUCCCGUUUACGUUCCCCUUUCGCUGAAAACGACCGCGCGUCAUUUGUUGACAAUCGUCACAGAAAACGAACACGAAAGCUGCAGAUUUGACGGCACAAGAAUGAGAACACUGGUGGAGGCAAACAAGAACAUCCUCCAAGUCUUCGAGGAAGAAGUUGAUGUGCGUAGUGGAGUGAACUCACCGUGGAGUAAACUGACCAUGCUUGUGAUAAUUGCAGGAGAAAGCAUUGUGGCGGCACAAGCUUCCAGAAGCGACGACAUACGCAGGAAUGAAAUGCUAGAGAAGUGUUUCAGUUUCGUUGAAAUGCUUAGCUACAGGAUGCUCGAACUUGGCAGCUGGGAUGAUUUCUGUGAUUAUGUGGAGGAAAGAUGCAUUGAGGUAUGGGGUCAGCGGGAAGGGUGCAACCGCAGCAACGCAGACGUAGCAGACGUGGUUCGACAACUGAGAGAAUCUCCUUUUUUCCUUUAGAUAGAUAAUUAGUAUAACAGCCUUAAUCAGCGUAGCAAGUUUCCAGAGGAUCAGGGGGGAGGUGUCACUUACCCCUCCCCUGAGCCUUGCACUUCUGUAGAAUAGCAGGCGGUCUGGAUCGCGCGGUUGCAUGACAAAAAAAAAAAAAGGAAAAAAAAAGCUGCGAAGUAGAGACGCAUUUUUAUGUUUCAUUUCACUUUAAUUUUUCUCACAGAGUAUAGAAUGUGUUACGUGCUGGCAAUGGAGUGGAGCUCCACUUCAUUGUUUUAGCACUUCGCUUUUAGCGCGCGUGAAAGACCGCUCUUUUUUUUGGGGGGGGGGGGUUGAUUUAUCAUUGCCUACAUCUUCCUUCUGUUGAAGUCUAAGAGUUCUAUCCUCACUUCACCAGACUGA